AUGCAUCCACAGCAACGACUCUUUGUACUCUUAAUACUCUUAUCGAUCGUCGGUUUAGGGUUCUAUCAGCUUAGAAAUUUUACCUCAAUAUCAUCAUCCCCGUCUUCAAAAGACCAGGAUCUACAACAACAACAACUCUCGGAAAAAACCUGUGCAAAGUAUUGUCCAAAAACAUCCUCAAUGCCUCUUCUGACUCCAGAGAAGCCUAGUUGCCCUCCCGUGCAGGAAUGUAAAUGCUAUUCAUUAACGGAUUCACCACCUGGUACAGAUGGGCAGGUAACUAUGAAGACAUCCUUUGGAAAAGCCUUGUACAAACUUGCAAAACAAGAUGACGUUCGUACAGUGUUAGAAAUUGGUACAUGGUUCGGAGGAGGCUCAACUCAAUGUAUUGCUAAGGGCUUACAAGAAUCAGGAGAGGAUAAAUUACUCUACACCAUUGAACUCUAUGAGCCUGCAUGGCAAUAUGCUCGAAAAAAGUUUGCUCAUCUUCCAGUACGAUUUAUAUUGGGUGGAACAGUGCCAACUGAAAAGUAUUUGAAACCUGAGGAAAUUCCAAAUCAUGAAGAGCAUUUCAGGUUGUAUUAUCAGCGAGAUAUUGAGCUCUCUAAAAAGUCCAUACCUUGGUUACAUCCUUUAUGUUUAGCAUUUCAAUUUGAUGCAGUUCUUAUUGAUGGAAAUGAAUACACUGGAUGGGCUGAAUAUGAAACGAUUGAUGCCGAGUGCAAACCCAAAUACUUAAUGUUGCACGAUGUAGGAACAUUAAAGACUGAAAAAAUUGAGAAGACCAUCAAGGCAGGAGGAACUGUUUGGCAAUUGAUGGAAGAAGGAAUGGAUGGAGCAAAAUGGCAAAUCUACAAACGAAAGCAGUAA